UUAACCGAAAGAGUUUGGUCACACUGUAAUCUUAUUCCGAUCGCCGAGCAGAACGCUGUAUUUCAAUUUUACGAGAAUUUUGCGCAUUUUUUUCGGCCGGGCUGUGAAAGCGAUCUACGUGCCAAGUGGAUAGAAAACGAUAAAGCCGAAGCGUUCAGAGAGCCAAUAUAGCCAAAAUCUGGUUGUAUUUCAUGUAUCAUCCGCGGUCGCAGAGCAACAAGUGGUGGCACAAACAAAAGCAACUGAAAAGUAAGAUAUAGCCGCUUGACUUGGCCAGGAGUGGUUUAGAUGACGAGUAUUUUAAACCACGCAGAAAAAGUGUGUGUUUGAAGCGGCGUCGACGUCAGCGUCGCGCAAUAAAACAAACAAAAAAGCCAUAGGCCACAAACAGCCACAAUAACAACAAAAACAAGAGAAGAAGCAAGCAGGCAAAGCCGUUUGAUCGCAACUGUAUGUUAAGGUGUGUGUGUGUAUGGGUGAGACUGCCAAGCCAUUAUUUUUCUGUCUUAUGACGUAAACCACCGAAAAAAAAUCAAAAGUGAACAGGCGACACAGAUAUCAAGCGAAGAAUGUCUCGUCACGAAAAAACCAAGUCCACAGGUGGUGGGAUCUUGGAGAGUCUCUUCGGACGACCCUCGAAAUCGAAAGGUGGCAGCGGCAUCAACAGCGGAACCCUCACCCAUGGCGGACGACCCGUUUCCUCCGAGGCGGAUGCCGUGCAGGGCGUGGAGGACUGGAAGGAGUACAUCCAGAAUCUCAGCGAGGAGGAGAUAAAUGCCAAGUUCCUGGAGAUCAUCGACGACAUGAACAUACCGAAGGAUAAGCGGGAACCAUUACUGGCCAAGACAAAGUCACAGCGUCAGGAUAUGAUUUUGUGGCAUUUAAAAGGCAAGAACUCACUGGAGCGCAGCGCCAACUCCCGCUUCGAGAAGCCCUCGGACUACGUGGAAUACCUGCAGAAUGGAGAGCACAGCGAGCACAAAGUGUACCAGUGCGUGGAAUCGCUACGGGUGGCCCUCACCAGCAACCCGAUCUCGUGGAUCAAGGAGUUCGGGCUGCCGGGUAUCGGUCAGAUCGAGAAGCUACUGUCCCGGUCCAAAAAGGAUCGCACCUCGGACAGGAUCGAGUUUGAGGCGAUUCGGUGCUUGAAAGCGAUCAUGAAUAACACAUGGGGUCUGAAUGUCAUCCUUAAUCCGGAUCAGCAUAGUGUGUUGCUGCUCCUGGCGCAAUCCCUGGAUCCCCGAAAGCCGCAGACCAUGGGCGAGGCUCUCAAGUUGUUGGCUUCAUUUUGCCUAGUCAACGAACGAAAUGGCUACGAGAAGGUGCUGAGAGCCAUCAGCACAAUAGCAUCCACCUCCUUCAAGGCGAGCGAGAGGUUCCGACCCAUUGUGGAUGCCCUUUUUGUGACGGACAAGCAUGAUCCUAAAAAGGAACUGGCCUGUCACAGCCUGAUUUUUAUCAACACCCUCACUAACACGCCCACGGACCUGAACUUCCGCCUCCAUCUGCGCUGCGAGAUCAUGCGAAUGGGUCUCUACGAUCACCUGGAGGACUUCAACAAAAUAGUGGAGGCUAGUAACAACGAGGCACUGCAGCAGCAUUUCAAAAUCUUCAACGAAAGUCGAGAGGAUGACUUCGAGGAGUUCAUCCAGCGAUUCGACAGUGUCACCUUCAACAUGGACGAUGCCACGGAUUGCUUUGAGGUGCUGAAGAACCAGGUCACCGACACCCCUUCCGAGCCCUACUUCCUGUCCAUCCUGCAGCAUCUGCUGUACAUCAGGGACGACUUCUACUUCCGGACAGCCUACUAUCAGCUGAUCGAAGAGUGCAUCUCACAGAUUGUCUUCCACAAGGGUUACUGUGAUCCGAAUUUCGAGAACAGGGACUUCAAAAUAGACACCUCGCUGCUCCUCGACGAGAUGGUUGAGAAGUCCAAGGCCAAGGAGGCCAAGAAGGCGGAGGAGUACGAGAAGAAGAUCGAGCUGCUGGUAAGCGCGAAGCAGGAGGCGGAAGCGAAGGCGGCUCAUCUCGAGGAAAAGGUCAAGCUGAUGGAGUCCAAUGGUGUGGCGGCUCCGUCGCCAAAUAAGUUGCCGAAAGUCAACAUACCCAUGCCGCCGCCCCCGCCAGGAGGAGGUCCACCACCUCCGCCGCCGCCACCUAUGCCGGGAAGAGCGGGAGGCGGUCCGCCACCGCCUCCUCCACCUCCAAUGCCUGGUAUGGGCGGCGGACCACCUCCUCCGCCUCCCAUGCCCGGUAUGGGUAGGGGAGGUCCACCGCCGCCACCUAUGCCGGGAAUGAUUCGACCCGGAGGUCCUCCACCACCGCCCAUGAUGCUGGUUCCCGUACUCCCGCACGGCCUCAAGCCGAAGAAGAAGUGGGAGGUGAAGAAUCCAAUGAAACGGGCCAACUGGAAGGCCAUCGCUCCCAACAAUAUGUCGGAGAAAGCCUUCUGGGUUAAGUGUCAGGAGGAUAAGCUGGCUCAGGAGGAAUUCCUAGCCGAGGUGGCUAUGAAGUUCUCCUCCAAGCCGGUCAAGAAGGAGCAAAAGGAUGCAGUGGACAAGCCGACGACGCUCAGCAAGAAGAACAUCGAUUUGCGGGUGCUGGAUGGAAAGACGGCCCAGAAUCUGGCCAUCAUGCUGGGCGGCUCCCUGAAACACCUGUCCUACGAACAGAUCAAGAUAUGUCUGCUGCGUUGCGACACCGCCAUCCUGUCCAGCAACAUCCUGCAGCAACUUAUCAAUUACCUGCCGCCACCAGAGCAACUCAAGCGUCUGCAGGAGAUUAAGGCGAAGGGAGAACCCUUGCCACCAAUUGAACAGUUUGCAGCUACCAUAGGUGAAAUCAAACGUCUGUCGCCGCGUCUUCAUAAUCUGAACUUUAAGCUGACCUACGCGGACAUGGUGCAGGAUAUCAAGCCGGACAUUGUGGCGGGAACAGCGGCUUGCGAGGAAGUGCGAAACAGCCAGAAGUUCUCCAAGAUCUUGGAACUGAUUCUCCUGCUCGGAAACUACAUGAAUUCGGGAUCCAAGAAUGAAGCCGCUUUCGGUUUCGAAAUCAGUUAUCUCACCAAGCUGACCAACACGAAAGAUUCGGAUAAUAAGCAGACACUGCUCCAUUAUUUGGCUGAUUUGGUGGAGAAGCGAUUUCCGGAUGCCCUCAACUUCUAUGACGAUCUAUCGCACGUGGACAAGGCGUCCAGGGUGAACAUGGAUGGUAUUCAGAAGGCGAUGCGUUCAAUGAACUCGGCUGUUAAGAAUCUGGAAACAGAUCUGCAAAACAAUAAGGUGCCGCAGUGCGAUGAUGAUAAGUUCAGCGAGGUGAUGAGCAAGUUUGCCGAGGAGUGCCGGCAGCAAGUGGAUGUGUUGGGCAAAAUGCAAUUACAAAUGGAGAAACUGUUCAAGGACCUCAGCGAGUACUAUGCCUUCGAUCCGAACAAAUACACCAUGGAAGAGUUCUUUGCGGACAUAAAGACGUUCAAGGAUGCCUUCCAGGCGGCGUACAACGAAAAUGUGAAGCAGCGCGAGGAGCUGGAGAGGAAGCGCCGACUGCAAGAGGCCCGAGAGCAAUCCAUUCGGGAACAGCAGGAGCGCCAGAAACACAAGACCGCCCUGGUGGACAUGGACGGGCCACAGACGCAGGAGGGCGUGAUGGACAGCCUGCUGGAGGCUCUCCAGACAGGCUCUGCCUUCGGGCAGCGGAACAGGCAGGCGCGCCGCCAACGACCGGCGGGAGCGGAGCGGAGGGCCCAACUCAGUCGGAGUCGAUCGCGGACGCGGGUCAACAACGGCCAACUGAUGACCCGCGAGAUGAUCCUCAACGAGGUGCUCGGUUCCGCGUAGUCUCGUUAGUCCAACACUCUUCCUCCCUCUGUAUAUAUAUAAAUAGACAUCUGUAGCGAUCUAGGGCCUAGGACAUUAGCUAUGUAAAUCAAAGUAUCUGUAUCUAUGUGUGUUGCCUUGUUUACAUAUUAACUCGAUCGGCAUAUCCAUUAGGUUUAGACUAAAAAUUUGUGGAAUGCCUGCUAAGUACUAAACACUUGGAGGUAGUUUGUGAAAAUAUUUUAAGUGUUAUGGCAUUGCUGAAAAUGAAAAAUUUUUUAAUUUGUAUUAUCUUAUUUAUUUUUUUAUUUUUUUAAACAUUAAAUUCAAUUAAAAAUGUAAAAUUAGAAACUAAAUAAUGUCUUCAAUAAACGGAUCUUAAGUCAGCCUUGCAAAAAUACAUAAAACAAAAAAUAUUUUUACGCCUUCUUCCAUUAAGACAUAUAUAUUUUUUAUACGCUUUUACAUCUGAAACUGAGAAACUUCUAUACUAUGACGAGAAAAUAAUAACUUGAAAACUAUGUCAAACUAUUGUAAACAUUAUAUUCCUAUGAUACUGUGGCUUGUUCUAAUCCUAAUGCUGUGCACUUCGUUUUCGAGGCACACUCAUUUAGAGCGAGAUUUAUAACGAAAUGAAAUUCCUUUUGUAUUUAAUUUGUUUUUAAGCGAUUAUCCCCCCUUAAAUCUGUUUUUUUAAUUUCCCCAAAACUGUGCUAUACUUAACAUUGUUAAUUUAUGCCUAUUUUUUGGACAAUUAUCGUAUAUUUAAAAUAAACUUUUUACCAAAAUUGAAAAAAA